AACCGUCAUUUUCCUACGCACCCUCUGACAUCAGCCACCUUCUCUGUAGCUACAGUUUUCUCUGCACUCAAAUUAAUCUGGGCGAUGAAAAAUGAACCUCUCCCCCACCCUAGCUGCCGCCUUUCGCCUCACGCCCCCAGAGAAGAGUUUCUCCGCCAGGAAGCCGGUGAAGGUUUUUUUCCAAGUCACAUGAUCCAGGAUGCAGGGGGAGAAUCCUUCUUGGAACAGAGAUGGGCCCAGAACCGGAUCAGAUGAGGAGAGAUAAGGUGUGAUGCGGGGCAGCCUAUAUAAAGAAUGGACCCAGGGCUGCAGCGAGCACGCAGCCCCGGAGCCCCUGGCCCAGACCCAGCCAUGCAUGUGCCGCCAGAACCCGUGGCCAGCCACUUGGGAACCACGACCCGCAACUACUUCUGCUUCACCACCGCCACGCUGGCUCUGUGUCUCAUCUUCACUGUGGCCACCAUCAUGGUGCUGGUGGUUCAGAGGACGGACUCCAUUCCCAGCCCGCCUGACAACUUCCCUCUCAAAGGAGGAAAUUGCUCAGAAGACCUCUUAUGUAUCCUGAAAAGGGCUCCAUUCAAGAAGACAUGGGCCUACCUCCAAGUGUCCAAGCAUCUCAACAAUACCAAGUUGUCUUGGAACAAAGAUGGAAUCAUCCAUGGCGUCAGAUACCAGGAUGGGAAUCUGGUGAUCCAGUUCCCAGGUUGGUAUUUCAUCAUCUGCCAGCUGCAGUUUCUGGUUCAAUGCUCAAAUCAUUCCAUGGACCUGAAGUUGGAGCUCCUCGUCAACACAGAGGUCAAAAAACAGGCCCUGGUAACAGUGUGCGAGUCUGGAAUACAAACCAAAAACAUAUACCAGAAUCUCUCCCAAUUCUUGCUGGACUACUUGCCAGUCAACACCACCAUAUCAGUCAUGGUGGAUAAAUUCCAGUAUGUGGAUACAAACACCUUUCCUCUUGAGAAUGUGUUAUCCGUUUUCUUAUACAGUGGUUCAGACUGAGAAAUUUCUCUUGGCCUGCAGAAGAAA